CAAAUGUUAAGAGCGCCCCCUACAUGCCGCUGAGGGGAGCAGGUAGCAGCGCAGCCUCCAUCUCUCGCGAGGAACGACGCCGUUAUCGGAAUCUCUACAAACAACACGAGAAUUCGUCAUUCACACGCAGUGAAGAAUGUCUGGACAGGAGCUGGAUGAAAUAGUUCAAAUAACAGUGGAGGAUUUUCAGCCGGAUGGUCGUAAUGAUUUGUUAGACAAUAAUGGAGACAGUGAGGAAAGACCACAGAAGAAAAAGAGGAAACUAAGCAGCAGCCAGGACAACAACAACAACAACAGCAACAACAAUAACCAGGAACUCUCUUUUAUUAAGAAUCUUUUGGUUUCUUUGACUGAAUCCAUUAACCAGCGACUGGAAGCAAUCGAGUCAAAGCUGCAGUCCCUAGACUCCACCUGCAAAGUCCUUGUCCGCAAACUUGACAGCGUGGCUCCGUGUGCAAAGAGCCCGGUGCAGGUUCCUAUGGUUGCAGGUUCCCCACAGGGGGCCACUCAAACUUGGAACAAAGUUCGAUGCGUUGUCCCGCAAACCAAUGUGAUAGUUAGCAGGGAACAACCAAAGGCUUUAAACCAGGAAGACAAUCCACUCGAAAACCUGCUCAGCAACACAGUGGCCAGGAGGCGACAGAACACCAUUCUGGUUAAAGUGCCGGGCGCUGACGAGAGUCAAGAGGAACAAGACAGCGGCUCCGAGGCCAGCGACUCUGUUUCUAAUAGUGGUCAUUCAAGCGGUGCACAAAAUGGCCAAAAUGUCACGCUGAUCACCCUUAAUGCAGAAGAGGAUUAUCCAGAAGGUACCUGGUUGGGAGAUGAAAACAACUCCGAGAUGAGGGUCCGCUGCCCAAUUUCUCCAUCUGACAUGCUUUAUAUCAGCACAAACUGCCGCACAGCAGAGAAAAUGGCACUGACUCUGCUGGACUACUUAUUUCACCGGGAGGUCCAGGCAAUGUCAAACCUCUCCGGGCAAGGAAAGCAUGGAAAGAAGCAGCUAGAUCCUCUAAUGAUCUAUGGCAUCCGAUGCCACUUGUUCCACAAAUUUGGCAUCUCUGAAUCUGACUGGUACCGGAUCAAACAGAGCAUCGAUUCCAAGUGUCGCACCGCCUGGAGACGCAAGCAGCGUGGCCAGAGUCUGGCAGUCAAGAGCUUUUCCAAACGAACUCCCCGCAGUACGGUGGCAGAGGAUGGUGUCUCGGAUGAAGCUGCUCAUUUAGAGGCCGCCACCCAGCAGACCCUGCAUUACACGCUGGCCAAUCAGCAGGUCCAGUUCCAUCGCAUUGGUGAAGACGGACAGGUUCAGGUGAUUCCACAGGGACAGCUUCACAUCGCUCAGGUGCCACAAGGAGAGGAGGUGCAGAUCACACAGGACAGCGAGGGAAACCUCCAGAUUCAUCAGGUGCACGUCGGUCAGGAUGGACAGGUGCUGCGUGGAGCUCAGUUGAUAGCUGUCGCUUCAGCCGAUGGAGGAGCCACAGCAGUAGAGGGAUCCGCUCUCCCACCUGACAUUCAAGUGCAGUAUGUGCAGCUGGCUCCUGUUUCCGAUCACACAGCAACUGUGCAGGCUUCCGAACUGACGCCAACCUUACAGGCUGAGAUGGAAGUGAAGGAAGCCAUCCAGGGUGCCAUCCAUGGAGACAAUGGCGAGGUUGUCCAGAUCGUUAGCUCGGUGGCCACCUGAUAGACCGUUGAUACGUCACAGACCUGAACCCUGCCAUGCAGCGUGGCCCUGUGGAAAAGUCCGAUAAGCCAUUGAGCUAAAAAGUUACCUAAGGUCACAGAUGAAAUGGAGAAAGAAUGAUUAUUUUCCUCUGUGUUUUAUUUUGCAAACUGCUCCUGUUUUUUGUUUUUUAACGGCAAAUGGUAAACAUUGUGAGAUGAUGUUUACAAGUUAUCUUUUAAAAAGAUGUCACCUUCCAAAUUAUCUGUUGUCAUUCUUGCUCUUUAUAACCAGAAGGACCUGAACUACUGUAGGACAACCGGAGUGUUCAGUUCGCUGUUAUUCCAACAGCUUUGGAAAGAUCUAAUAGAAG